ACGCCGGCCCUCGAAGGUGCGAGGAGGACCUCAACCUCAAACGCAUGGAGCGUGAUCGCACCCGUCUAUCUUGGCACCUCCAUAUCGACUGCACAUCUCCCGCCUGUCCGCCUAACCCCCACGGCCGCCCCAUAAGACGGCCUUUGCGCAAUGGGCGUCCAGACGACCCUUCACAUCCCUCACCAUGGCCGACAAUGCGAAGUCGUACACGCCCAUCGACGAGGACCCCACGUUGAUGAUGAUGGACCGAACGAACUUCAUCGGGGCAGUCCUCGGUGGAGGAGCGUGGGGUGUCCUCCUCACCGUGUCCUUCCUAACCGUGCAGGCGCUCGUCGCCUGCAUGUCGUCAAAGUCGCAAGCGAGCCGCUCCUUCGCUCUACCCUUGCUCGCAUUCGUCUUCCUCAUCUUCACCUGUGGAACAAUCAAUUAUGGUGCGUAAACUGUAGCGCUCAAGUCGAUGUCCUUGCUUAUCCUUCACCCAGCCGCAAACACGGACAUCAGUCGGCGCAUGUUCGUCGAGAACCGACUGUACCCCGAUGGCCCAUCCGCAU